AGGAUUUCAAGCUAUGAGUAGAUUCUAAGGCUGGAUUUUAUUCCAUAAUUUUGUUGAUAUGGUUUCUUUAGAAGAUAAAGUUCAUAAAGACAUUGAUAAGUCUCAAGAUUUGCUUAACGAAACAAGAAAAGCAUUCAAAGAACUAGCCACUCAAUGGGAGCUCACUGGAAAUCUCUAUGAUAAGACAAAAGUUCUCAAAUGAGAAAAGCCUGGGCAUAAGUACGAGGAAAAGAAGCAAAUAGUGGUUGUUUCCUCUUCAGAAUCCCUCGGAAACCCCUCUGCAACUUCCGCUAAGCCAGAUAGUCAGAAUCACGGACCUCCGUUCAUGAACUGGCUAAAGACUCUAAAAGAACAGACACAUAGUAAAGCUUCAAAUUCUAUGAAGAAGAUAAAGAUAAUCAAUGAAAAUAGUGCCAAGCAACAACUGAAGGAUUUCAAACGUUCUAUUACUAAAUAACAUCGACUUCGUCCAAAGAGGAGUUGACCCUGACAACUUUAGACUUUUCAAGAACAGAAAAUACAUUGAAAUUAAACGCGAAUAAAAUUAGAAGUGUUGAUCCAUCACCGAAAGAGAACUCUUGUUGAAUACC